AUCAAUAGGGGAGCCAUGGGAGGAAUGGAAGCCUCGGCUCUCGCGAGGAUGCUCCCGACGCUGCCCUCUUCGAGGGCUGUCACGUGGUGCCACCUCGCCCAAUCGGCGCGCGGCCUGCGGGGGUCGCCGUGGUUCCCGCCAAAUACGAGCGCGGCGGCCGCGGCAGGAGCCGCGCGGGCGGGAGGGGGAGCAGCAGCGGCCGCCUGAGCGGAGCCCGCGCCUCCGCCGCCUGAGGGGAGCUCGAGCCGCGGCCGGGACGAUGCUGGAGGAGCCGGAGUGCGGGGCGCCGGACGCCAGGGGAGCAGCCACAGCCAUGGAUUGCAAAGACAGACCAGCUUUUCCAGUCAAGAAGUUAAUACAAGCUCGUCUGCCCUUCAAGCGCCUGAAUCUUGUCCCAAAGGAGAAAGGCGAGGACGGGUCAGAUGACAUGAGAAGCUCUCAGAGUGCUCCCGCCCAAGGUCAAGUGCCCAACCUAGAAACCUCUUUGGACAACUUGGAGAACAACUGUCAUAUGGUCUCUGACAUAGAUUUUAGGCAAAAACUUGUCAAUGGGAAGGGUCCCUUAGAUAACUUUUUAAUAAAUAGAAUCAAAACCAAUAUUGGCCAGACCACAGUCAUCGUUGAUUUGACAGAAGACUUGAGUGACGAACCAGAUGGCACCAUGGCCCACAGUAAACUCAGUGCUACAGCCCCUUGCCCUGGGGAGGCUAUAAAUGGGGUCAGAGAAGAAGCUGGAGAUGAGAGGAGGCUGCCGAAAGCUGGUCAAAAGGAUGAGCUGUCGUUUCCUGAAGAGACCCUUUCAGACAUCCCAUGUGAAACCAGGGAGGAGGGUGCUGCUGGCUCAGGGGUCUCAGAGAGGAGUGCGGACGCACAGAAAGCCUUGCCCCUAAGCUGCCCUGAGCUCACGGGUGGUCUGAGAAUGUGCUCCAAGAAGGACCAGGAUGGCUGGAAUGAAGCUGGGGGUAUCCUGUUCAGAGGGAAGGUACCCGUGGUGGUCUUGCAGGAUAUCCUGGCUGUGAAACAUCCCCAGGCCAAGUCUCCUCUGACCACACCUCCUAGCCAGGGCGUACCCUUCAAGAGCGAGGUGCUGGAGUCUGGUGCUGAAGAAGACUCUGUCCUUAGCCAGUCAUCCCUGAGCUCUUCCUCUCCCACCAGUUCACCUGAGGGGCAGUCUGCCUGUGACAGGAAGCAUGGCGGCCCCAGUCCCUUCCCCACCCCGACACCUACCCACAGAAUAACUAAGAAAUUGGUCAAAGGUUCUGCAGAGAAGAGCAAGCUGAGACUGCAAAAAGACCAGGAGCGUUUGGGCAAGCAGCUCAAGUUACGAGCAGAGAAGGAAGAGAAGGAGAAGCUGAGAGAGGAGGCCAAACGGGCUAAGGAAGAAGCCAGAAAAAAGAAGGAGGAGGAGAAAGAGCUGAAGGAGAGGGAGAGGAGGGAGAAGCGGGAGAAGGACGAGAAGGAGAAGGCGGAGAAGCAGCGGCUCAAGGAGGAGAGGCGCAAGGAGCGGCAGGAGGCUCUGGAGGCAAAGCUGGAGGAGAAGAGAAAAAAGGAAGAGGAGAAACGGUUGAGGGAAGAAGAGAAGCGCAUUAAAGCAGAGAAGGCUGAAAUCACGAGGUUCUUCCAGAAACCAAAGACUCCACAGGCCCCCAAGACCCUGGCCGGCUCCUGUGGGAAGUUUGCCCCCUUUGAGAUUAAGGAGCACAUGGUUCUCGCCCCUCGGUGUCGGACCACCUUUGACCAAGACCUCUGUGAUAAGUUGGACCAGCUCCUACAGCGGCAGAGCGGUGAAUUCUCCUUCCUGAAAGAACUGAAAGGCCGGCAGCCCAUCAGGUCCGGCCCCACCGUGGUUUCCAACCGAAACACGGACAUUUUUAAUAGUGACGUGGUGAUUGUGGAGAGCAGCCAAGCAGAUGGCAUUCCAGAGAGGAGGAAGCUCGGCAGGAUGAAGCUCCUGCAGUUUUCCGAGAACCACCGGCCAGCAUACUGGGGAACGUGGAAUAAGAAGACCGCAGUCAUCCAUCCGAGGGCCCCCUGGGCCCAAGACAGGAAGCUGCUUGACUACGAGGUGGACAGUGAUGAGGAGUGGGAAGAGGAAGAGCCGGGAGAGUCGCUGUCCCACAGCGAAGGGGAUGAUGAAGAUGACAUGGGGGAGGAUGAAGAUGAGGACGAUGGCUUUUUUGUGCCCCAUGGGUACCUGUCUGAAGACGAGGGAGUAACUGAGGAGGGCGUCGACCCAGAGAACCACAAGGUUCGCCAGAAACUCAAGGCCCAAGAGUGGGAUGAGAUUUUAGCCAAGGGGAAGAGGUUCCAUGUGCUCCAGCCUGUGAAGAUUGGCUGCAUCUGGGCAGCCGACAAGGACGCCGGUGCCGACCUGAAGGUGCUGCAGCAGUUCACAGCAUGUCUGCUGGAGACGGCACCCCUCGAGGAGGAGCAGGCGCCCAAGGCCUCCCAGAGAGAGAAGAGGGACCAGCAGAUCUUAGCCCAGCUGCUCCCGCUGCUGCACGGCAAUGUGAACGGAAGCAAAGUGAUCAUCCGCGAGUUCCAGGAGUGCUGUCGCCAAGGGCUGCUCGGCAAGGACGCUGGCAGCCCCGAGAGCUGCUCUGCCAGCCCCCCAAGCCCCGGCUGCUCCCGCCCACAGACGCCCACCACCAGCGAGGACACUGCUGUCCCCUCCAAGUCCAGGCUCAAGCGGCUCAUUUCCGAGAACUCAGUUUACGAGAAGAGGCCCGACUUCCGGAUGUGCUGGUACGUCCACCCGCAGGUGCUGAAGAGCUUUGACCAGGAGCAGCUGCCUGUGCCAUGCCAGUGGAGCUAUGUCACGAUGGUGCCCUCAGCCACCAGGGAGGACAGUGCCAGCGUCCCCAACCCGGGGCCCAGCCAGGGCACGCCCAUCUCGCUGAAGAGAAAGUCGGCGGGCAGCAUGUGCAUCACCCAGUUCAUGAAGAAGCGUCGGCAUGAUGGACAGGUCGGAGCUGGGGACCUGGAUGGCUUCCAGGCAGACACAGAGGAGGAGGAGGAUGACGAGGAGGAGGACGAGGAGGAGGGCGGCUGUGUGGUCGCGGACAUCUCGGAUGUUGGGGGGGUCCUGACCCCAUGUGGCACCACUUCUGGAGCUGGCAGGUCCUUGGGACAGGAUGCCACAGGAAGCUCACUCAGCCCCUGCUGAGUGCUGCCCCACCAGCCAGUGUAUGUAUGUAGAAUGCUUAGGGUAUCCUCAGACGCCUCAGAUACUUGAAAGUCCUAUGGUUCCUGUGUAAAGAGCACUUUGUUCUGCCUCAUGGACCUCCCCGGGGGUCUGGAAAGGUUUAUAUAGGAUGCUUGAUUAGUUCUUUUUGAUAUUUGUAAAAAUUUCCCCAGAAGCAGCAUAUUAAUCUGCCCUUUAAUAAAGCAUUAUUGCAAUGUGAGGACCUGCAAGGGGAUGGCCAGGUGGGGCCAUGCAGACCCCUGAGCAGGCAUGUGAUGAACUCCAUGUAAAUGAAUUGGAGACCCCCAGCACGGUGGGAUGUAUAUAAACUUGUCCUCCAACCCUGA